AUGCUCCCAAGGCAGAUGAAUGAUUGGUUAGUUGCAUCUGGUCUGUCAUCUUUGCAGUAUACUAGUUUGGCCAGGGUAGAUACACAUCUUUUAUCUGCUUUUGUUGAGAGAUGGCAUCCUGAAACAUCAUCAUUUCAUAUCUCGUUCGGCGAGAUGACCAUCACUCUAGAUGAUGUUUCAUGUCUACUUCAUGUACCGAUUAGGGGCGAGCUGGUUGAUCCCGAUUUUGUUGUCACCGAUUAUGAUACUAUCCAUAAUGCUGUUGAGUUGUUUGGUGUCUCUUUGAGUGAAGCAUCUGAGGAGGCUUCUUCCGUAAGGGGUCCCUACUAUAAAUUGGAUUGGUUGAAGCAAGUUUUUGAGCAACAAAGAGCUGCAAAUAACUUUACAGGUGCUAUGAGAGCAUACAUGAUGUUGCUAUUAGGUUGCACUAUUCUUGCCGACAAGACUUUUACUCUUGUCGAGGCAAAAUAUCUACCACUGUUGAGAGAUUUGAAUACUUGUGGAAGAUAUUGCUGGGGGGCAGCUGCACUGUGUUGGAUUCACGAGUAUUUUCCAACUGUUGGAAAGAGAGGUACUUAUGGGUUAUGUGGCAUUGAUAGUCUAAUGGCUAGGGCGAUGAAAUGGGAAUAUAGGCAGGGGACGCAAAAAGUGGCUGACAUCCGAAUUGUGUUAGAUCAGUUGACCCCUCACGAUAUCGUCUGGCGCCCUUUUGAGGGUCAUAGGGCGCACCGUCCUUUUGAUGAUAGCUAUUUGUUCCGGGGUGGUUUGAAGUGGUAUGGUACUGUAGUUCUAUAUUUACCUGACAAAUGCAUGCGUCAGUUUGGAUACAGACAGUACAUACCGAUUGCUCCUCCUAAUGUAGACACACUUGAUGUGGAUGUUGAGUGGGCUACAUAUAUGCAAAGUGGGUUGCAGGUGAUCCGAUCCCACGAUGAUCCCCCAACUAUGUUUGCCACCAUACCAUAUGAGACAGACGAUGAUUAUUUGGCGUGGUAUUAUACAGUGUCACAUCCUCUAUUGAGAGCACCACGAGGUGAUCAGCCGAUGGAGGUACUAGUGCCUGUCUAUGACGAAGGACCGUCAGACCCAAGGUUAUCAUAUAUAUCUCAUGAGCUUCAUCAUUACUUACAGCAUCAUCAGGCACGUCCUGAAGACGAUCAGUUUCUGGAGAUAUUUAGAGCACUCAGACUUGCACAGGGCGAACCAUUACCUAGGGAAGGUCCAAUUACUUAUGACAAUGAGUCUGAUUGA